UCCGGACGUUCAGUUCCAAACACUCGAGCUGUCAGCCCUCCUACGCUCUGAAAACUCGACAUCCGAGUCAGUUGUCAUCAUGGAUGCGAGCAAGGCCACGCGGUAUCUGGAGUCUUUGCUCGGUCAGACGCUGCGAGUGCACACGACUGACACUCGUAUGUUUGUUGGCAUCUUCAAGUGCACAGACGCGGAUCGAAACAUCAUCCUCGCAAGCACCUACGAGUAUCGUUUCCCUCCUCCCUCUGCUGUCCAGGAAGCCGCUUCAGCUGCGGACAACCAAUCCUCAUCUUUCAAGAUGAACAUGACAAGCCGUCUCAUUGGUCUUGUGGUAGUACCGGGCCAACACAUCACACGGAUUGAGGUGGAAGAGACUGCUGAACAGGCCCGUUUCCGACAGAAGCUUGAGAAAUAGCACCCAUCAUCUUCUCAAGUGGUACCGAAUGGGAUCGGUCUUGGUACUCUUAUUGCGUCCAUCUCUGCCCUUAGCUCCGACAUGAGGGGGGUUAAGCAUUCGCCUAUUAUUCGAACUACGGAUUACAGCUUGCAUUCAAUGGUGUGGGGGGUGGUACAAGCUCUGUUCGUCUUCCUCUCGCUCAACUCAUCAUCGCGUAAAUGUUCUUCCCACAGCAUGGACGGUUGUUUUGGGAUUAUCCACUGCAAUUCAUCAUAUCAGAUGACUUCAUUUCCCAUAUGAAACUUGGGAAAUUGGCAAUCAUGUUGUCGACAAACGUGGCAUGCACGAGGCUGUUGUGGCUGCGCACAGCGUUCAAACGGG